AUGGACCACGAGGACGAGUUCCUUAACGUCUUCUUCACGCAGGUCGCUCAAUUAUGCUCCGACAAGGCAAAGGAGACAGUUGAAAGAGAAAGGGAAUCAUGCAAGCAGACGCAAAUGGGUCCAUGGGGAAUGUUCCUGAUGCAUUUACCACAGAUUGCUGUAGCAGAGCGUUCGUAUGCGGAUUUAGGUUUCCUCAACACUAAGAAUAAAGGCUUUCUCAGGAAAGAUAAUUCUUUAAAGACUGUCUAUGAAUCGUUAAAGUCUGAUUUGAAAAGAUUAGAGGAGAUGACCAAGGGAACGAAUUCCAUUGGCACAACAGUCGCAAAUGUUUCCAAUCAGCUCUGUCAGUUCAUCACGGCAAGAAUCCAGCUGAUAGAUUUCUAUGAAAAAAUGUACAACAUGAGUGUAAACAGUAAAGUUAUGAAGCAUCAAGAAUUGCUGCAAUGCAUAGAAGGGAUAGUAACAUGCUAUUUGUUGUCCUGUUCUCAUUUGGCAUUGAUUGCUAUUAAGACAAGUCUAACAUUAGAAUGUGAAACAUUAGUGCAAUUAAUGAGAGCACAAGUGGAAGUUCAAAAUUGGAGGUUUUUACCAACUCUAAUGGCGCUCUAUGGAGCGCAAACGCGAAUGUCAGCUUGGGAAAGAACUCUGCAAAGCAAGGAGUCCUGGAAAUUGGGCUUUGGUGCGACAUUUCUCAAAGCUAAUCAACAACCAGCAUUGUAUCAAUGGCUGGUGAAGCUUCGCAGUGCCAUAUUAGCCAAAUGCUCUCUAUAUUUCCACACUACUUUAAGUCAACAAGCUAGUCCAGGGGAAAUGAGAAGUAUUAUGAGCAAACAGAGUGUAGAUUACUAUCAGAAAAUACAGAGCUUUCAGCGUAAAUACGACAUAUUAGCAGUUCUGAUAAUCUUCGACUCUAGAGAAACUGAAAAUUCAGGUUCGGGAUACAGGCAUCCGGGAAGAGGUGUAAACUCUUCUGAGAGUUUUCCUGUUGUCGUUUGUUGCCCUGGUACAUUUACACAUAAACCGUUAAUACACUUGGACAAUAUCCAGAUCAAAAUAAAGGAGCGACACACCGAACUUCUCUCUAUGGACAAAGUGAUUUACCAUAAAAGCACGAAGGAUUUGUGUACAUACGCUUUUCACAACACCGAUCCUACAAUGACGCUCGUGAUCGUGUUUGAAAACGGGAAACAAAAGGAUAAGGAAACACACAUCACGUCAUUUAUGUUGGACCUAUCUAUGCAAAUUAGAUGCAAUAAAGUUUAUGAAUGUCUCAAAUUAUCAAAAUGAAUGUUUCUGUGUGAAAAUAAGUGUAUAAAAAUGAUUAUGCCAAAGAAAAACUAUGUUAUAGUAAAAAGAUUUAUUAAUAUAAAUUUAUGCACAUAUAUAAUAUAAAAUAAUAAAAAUAAAUUUUAUAUUAUUU